ACAGAAGAUUACCAAAUGAAUGACAGAAAAUUGAAAAUAAAGAAUUUUCAAAGGGGUUUCAUCACAUUCGUGACAAAUCACAAUAAAAUGUUAGUUUUGAGUUAAAAAGUGUUUAUUUACAGUUAAUAUAAUUUUUACAAGGGUUUACAGUGACUAAUUUGUUUACAACAUUGUUAUUCUACACAUUCGAAAGAAAUCAUAUGAAGAUGAAGCUCUUAAAGAAUACUUGGCCUCUGCGGCUGGGGCACAGGAAGAAAUUGAGUCGCUGCGUAAGCACCUGGUCUCCAUUGGCCACUGCCUUCAACACUCGACCAACAUCUAGACCUAUUUUUGACUCAAUGCGAGAAAGAACUGGACUCUUCAACAAGCCAGAACUAGUUAGUUUCGAAGGGUUCUUCAGUAUGAGAGAUCAGGCAAUUGCGGCCACAGACCGAUUGAUAGAGGAGGCUACUUCAAACCCAACCCGUCCCAUGGUGGAGAUUUUUGAUGAACUGUCCGAUACCUUGUGCAAGGUGGCUGAUCUAGCAGAGUUUGUGAGGAUAGCUCACCCACAGUCCCAUUUCGCAAGUGCUGCUGAAGAUGCUUGUAUUAGUGUUAGCGGUGUUGUUGAAAAAUUAAACACUCAUAAAGGACUUUACGAAGCAUUAAGAGACUCUGUAAAGCGCGGGACGUCAGGGGACCAGCAUUUAGCUGAGUUAUUCCUCUUCGACUUUGAGCAGAGUGGCAUCCAGUUAGCUGAGGAGCGACGUCGAAGGGUCGUAGCUCUGAAUGACCUUAUACUUCAAACUGGACAGAGGUUUAUGGCAGGAGCGGCGAAACCGAGAAGGGUACCACGGUCUGUUGUACCUGCUAAUAUUAGACAAUUUUUCAGUAGCGAAGGUGACGAUAUAAUAGUGAGCGGCGUGUACGCGGAGUGCGGCGAGGCGGCGGCGCGCGAGGCGGCCUACCGGCUGUACCUCGCGCCCGACGCCCUGCAGCACCAACUACUGUCCACCACCCUCGAUGCCAGGCACGAGAUGGCUACUAUAUGCGGCUUCCAGAGCUAUGCUGAUAGGGCAAUAAAAGCGAGUACAAUGGAGACAGCGGCGAAUGUGAGACAGUUCCUUGAUAUCCUUUCGGAUAAUCUGUACGACAGAGCGAAGAUGGACUUUGAUGCUAUGCUGCAAAUGAAGAUGAUGGAAACUCCAUAUUUGAAUUCCUUAAUGUGCUGGGACACGCCGUACUACACUCACAAAGCGAAGGCACAACUCCUGAAUGUGGCUAACUCAGACUUCAGUCCUUAUUUUUCAUUGGGCGGUUGCAUGGAAGGUUUGAACAUGCUCUGUGAAGAGUUGUACGGCAUCAGUUUGAAGUCCGAGGAGAUGUUGCCAGGUGAAUCCUGGUCGCCGGACGUGUACAAGCUGGCAGUGGUGCACGAGUCGGAAGGUCUGCUGGGCCACAUCUACUGCGACCUGUACGAGCGGCCCGGCAAGCCUCACCAGGACUGUCACUUCACCAUACAGGGGGGGAAGCUGUUGCCUGACGGAAGCUACCAGAACCCCAUCGUGGUGGUGAUGUUGUCGCUGAGCGGCGGGCACCGGUCGGGCCCGGCGCUGCUGUCGGCGGGCGGCGUGGACAACCUGUUCCACGAGCUGGGCCACGCGCUGCACUCCAUGCUGGGCCGCGCGCCGCACCAGCACGUCGCCGGCACGCGCUGCGCCACCGACCUCGCUGAGGUGCCCUCCGUACUCAUGGAGUACUUCGCCAGCAGUCCACAGGUCAUCCGUCGUUUCGCCCGUCACUUCCAAACGCGGGAGCCGAUGCCUGAAGAUAUGCUGAACCGGCUCUGCGCUUCUAAACAUUUAUUUGGAGCAAGCGAAAUGCAGCUACAGGUGUUCUAUUCAGCAUUAGACCAGCACUACCAUGGGCCAGAAGCAUCAUCUCGUGGCAGGACAACAGAAGUAUUGCAGAGAGUGCAGAAACAAUAUUAUGGACUCCCUUAUGUUGAAAAUACUGCCUGGCAGCAUAGGUUUAGCCACUUAAUAGGGUACGGCGCGAAGUACUAUUCAUACCUGAUCUCCCGCGGCAUCGCGUGGAGUGUGUGGCACAAAUAUUUCCAGGAUGAACCACUGUCCAGGACAGCUGGAGAUAAUCUCAGACAUGGAUUGUUACGUCAUGGAGGCGCUGUGCCACCUAAGAUUUUACUUCGCGACUAUUUACAAGAAGAAGUGACGCCUACCACGCUAGCUAACGCUCUUGCAGAGGAACUCGACUACCACAAGGACCAUUUAGACACCGUACUCAAAGUUAUCAACAAAUGAUCUUCAUUACUCAUUUAUACUUCAAAAUCUACAUGAAAAUUGAAUUGUUUCAUAUCAUUUGAUUGUAAAAAUUGAAAUUGAGGAGGUCGUUCCCUUCUGAGAAGGGGUGAUAGGCAAAUUAGGUGUUAAAUAACGAGCAUUUAAAGUUUAAAAAUGUCAUAAUACACACAUAUAGAUAGAAUUGAAUAUAUCUUCUUUCUAGCCUUGUCCCAAGUUAAAGUAGUUGCAAUAUGUCUUUCUUCCAUUUUCCGCAAUCAGACGUUAGAACACACUGUGAUAAAUGUUAACAUAAUAAGUUUCACUUCAUUGGUCGCUUAUCACGAAUCGUUCAAUCAAUUUUUAUUACAUGGCAAUACUUUAAAAUCUAAAAAAAAUAAAAGGAUUCUUGGUACUUCCAUUGUCUACCUUUUACAACAUGGACUGAAAUCUGAUCUGUUUUACUUUGCAAAAUCAUUCGAUUUGGAGUUAGGCAUCUGUAGUAGUAAGUUAACGUCAAUGCAGCAUAUAUUUUUUUCGAUUUUACUGUUGAACUGUCUUAUAUGAAAUUAUUUGAAUUUGUCUGUGAAUAUGUUGUACUGUACAUAUUGUAAAUGUUAAAUAAAUUAUUUAUAGUGUAACUUGUUGGGAUAUUUUCUUCAGUAUUAUGUAGCGAAAUUACUUAUUUAAAAACAGAUCGUUUAGUUUCUGAUAUGUAUCAUAUUAAUUGUUGUGAAGUUUAGAAGCUAAAUGUAAUUGCUAUGACAAACGACCCAGGGAUAUUUGAAAGGAAAGUCCUGCAAAGCUUUUAUAUCUGUAAAUCUUCAUCACUGAAUUCUUGGCCACUUGUGAAUACACAAAAAAGGAUAAAUAAAACAAUGACGGAAAAUUA